GGCAGGAGCCCGGAUGCGGGGCCGAGAGGCAGGCCCGGGCGCGGCGCGGAUGGCCGCAGCAUGGCGGCGCGGGGCCUGAGCCGAGAGAAGAGACCCGGGAAAUUGAAUUUCUUGCAGAGCAGCUCAGCGGGGCCCGCAGCUGGCCCCUGCGGGGUCUGGGCGGCGCCUCGCUGUCCCUGAGCACCCGGCAUGGCGGGCUGGAAGCGGCGGGCCAGCCAGGCGUGGCCGGAAGAGCGCGGGGAGCAGGAGCACGGGCUCUACAGCCUGCACCGCAUGUUCGACAUCGUGGGCACACACCUGACGCACAGGGACGUGCGUGUCCUCUCCUUCCUCUUCGUGGACGUCAUCGACGACCAGGAGCGGGGCCUCAUACGCAAUGGGCGGGACUUCCUGCUGGCGCUGGAGCGCCAGGGCCGCUGUGAUGAGAGCAACUUCCGGCAGGUGCUGCAGCUGCUGCGCAUCAUCACGCGCCACGACCUACUGCCCUACGUCACCCUCAAGCGAAGGCGGGCAGUAUGCCCAGACCUCGUGGAUAAGUACCUGGAGGAAACGUCCAUCCGCUAUGUGACCCCCCGAACCCUCAAUGAGCCAGAGCCGAGGCCUCCCCAGCCGUCGAAAACAGUGCCUCCCCACUACCCCGUGGUUUGCUGCUCGGCUCCCGGCCCGCAGAUGUGCCCCAAACGUCCAGCCAGGGGCAGAGCUGCCCUCGGGAGCCCACGCAAGCGUCGCAAGUCGUUGACCCCAGACCCCAAGGAGAAGCAGACGUGUGAUAUCCGGCUGCGGGUCCGCGCUGAGUACUGCCAGCAUGAGGCGGCCCUGCAAGGCAACGUCUUCUCGGACAAGCAGGAGCCACUGGAGCGCCAGUUCGAGCGCUUCAACCAGGCCAACACCAUCCUCAAGUCCCGGGACCUGGGCUCCAUCAUCUGCGACAUCAAAUUCUCUGAGCUCACCUACCUCGAUGCCUUCUGGCGCGACUACAUCAAUGGCUCCCUGCUGGAGGCCCUCAAGGGCGUCUUCAUCACAGACUCACUCAAGCAGGCAGUGGGCCAUGAGGCCAUCAAGCUGCUGGUGAAUGUGGAUGAGGAGGACUAUGAGCUGGGCCGCCAGAACCUCCUGAGGAACUUGGUGCUUCAGGCCUUGCCAUGACCUGCCCCC